AUGACUCCAAACACCGCUCAGAGCACUCCCGGUAGCUCACAGAACACAAAUCAACUUCCCAAUAAGAAGCGCUUGCGUGACAUAGACGAAGACGAUAACGAAAAGACCCACCGAAAAACCAAGAAACACAAAUCGUCCCGAAAACAUAAGAAACACCGAACUUCCUCAGGUCGCAAAUCGUCCCGCAAAACUGUCAAGCCUAUCCCGGAGGAGAUACCAGAAACACCCCCUAAGCAGUCGCCAGUGCUUUCCGGGUUCACCCCGAUCAACAAGAGCCGAAAACAAAACCCUGUACCUCCACCAAUCCGGACUGAAACCCGGACUCCGCCAAAUACUAACCUAGCUCCAUCGGACACUGAAGGGAUCUUCCCGAGUAACUGGGGAGCAACCCUAACUGAUUCCGACUCCUUUCCCGACUUUAGUUCCGAACCCUCUGAACCAUACAUAAGUGACGAUCAAGACCCAGCAACAGGUCCAGCAACAGGCCCACUAGCAGCAGUCUCCACUGCUUCCUCAGCACGCAGCAGUGCUUCACCAGAGGCCCUUGUACGGACGACCGUACUUAGGGUUAGUGCUACCCCACCAGCACCCGCUAGUGCUCCACAAAAGAACGUUGCCCGGAAGACCAUAGUCCUAAGUCAAGUUCUCACUCGGUCCAAGUCUAGUGCAGUCCGCUCAACAGGCCCAGCAGCAACAGGCCCAGCAACAGGCCGCUCAACAGGCCCAGCAGGCUCUACCACUCCCUCACCAGCACCCGUCAGUGCUCCACCGAAGGUUCUUGCACCGGAGACCCCUACAUUCAAGCCCCGACGCCCCUCUUGGUUAUUUUCUAGUGCAAGCCUGUCCGAACUAAUAGACCACCCCUCACCAGUACGACAGAGACAAAUUAGACCCGAGCCAUCGCCGAUUGUCCAAGAGACAUCCCCGAGUGUUCAAGAGACAUCCCCGAGUAUUCAAGAGACAUCCCCGAGCUCGACCGCAUUCAAGAUGACUCAAGCAAGCAAAGCGAAGAUGACUUUAGGUCUACUCAACCUACCUAGAGUGUACACCAGCAUCCGCAACAGCCUAAAGGCGGAAAUGCAAAAUGUGGGUUGGGUCAAUAAAAGCACGACCGGUAUGGCUGCGUUCAAUGCCCUAUGCCUUUACUUGAUGAACUUGCCCUCCCUCAACGGUUUUCUGCCAAUUUGGACUGGGGGUGACUCCGAUGCCCGUAGAGCACUGGCGAGUGCUCUACAGUGGCUCAUCGCAGAUGUUGGUAUGAAGGAUAGGUUAUCAAAGGGACAGGGAGACCGUCAGUUCAAAGAGGCUGCCGGUGAUAGUGAUGAUGAUGAUGACGGCGGUGGUCAGGCAGCCGGAAGACGCUCUCGCAAAGGGAAAGAGCGUGCAGUACCUCCGGAACUCGUGCGACCUUCCAUAAUGGUUACCGUGGUGGACCCCGAUGCUCUAGGGGCAUUCUUUAUGCUCGUCCCACCACCUACUUAUGACUGGAAUGAUCCCCUGAACGAACCUUCGUUCAUCGGAAUUUUGACCAAGAUAACUUUCCCCGAGCUAUGCAACUUGAUCCUGAAGCACACCGCACCCGGCAGAGCAGUCAGGACUAUCUGGGGGGCAAUUGAGAAUGUCCCCCCGGCAGCUGUUCCUCCCGUUCGGCCAGUGGAGGUACAAAUUACCGAUUCAGAGGAGCUCGAAGGUUGGUUGAAGAACAGCAAUGCCAGGCCUCGGAGGAUAUUGGCGGUCCUCCACAGACCAGGCGCGGGUGCUAACCUGGGUGGUGCGGAAUCCCCCCCGUUGAACCCGGCUUUCCCUCACGUUGAGGAAGAUGAUUAUAGCAUGAUCGAUAUUCCUGCAGAGGAUUCGGAUUACGAGGAGGGAAAGCACCGGAUAAAUGCCAAAGGACUGAGGCAGGAUGCUAUCGACGAUUUAGACCCCAAAUACCUUAGGAAGUAUCCUUUGGGUGUCGGGGUUGCUGACCCAAACUUCUUACAGGGGACGAUCUGGACACCUGCCGGGAUAGCAGCCAAGAGUGCUGCUGACGCACUCGCGGCUGCUGGUGCUGGAGGUGGUGGUGGAGGUGGUGGUGGAGGUGGUGGAGGUGGUGGAGGUGGAGUUGUGGAGGUGGUGGUGGUGGAGGUGGUGGUGGUGGAGGUGGUGGUGGUGGUGGUGGUGGUGGUGGUGGUGGUGGUCUAG